AUGGCAAAACGACUAUCAUCCUUAUUUUCUCUCUCGCGCGACGCCGCCGACAAGACCGGUGCUGCGCCGCCUGCGACUGCGACUUCUCCUCACAUACCGCCUCAGUCGUCUAGCCACUCGAUAUCCCAUAAACUGCACAAGCAUCGCAUUACCUCCUCCUCCGAGAUCGAUCUCAACGACGGCUUGUCUCCACUUGCUCCCCCUCCUCUUCUCUCCGAGUCUGGGGCAGUGCGCCCCCCAAGCAGUCAUCUUAGCGGACCCGACAGCAUGCCUGGAAGUAGAAAUAGCAGUCCGCAUAGUCUUGCGCGGAGCAGGGAGACCAGUAGGAGCCGGCCUCAGACCCCCAACUUGCUAAUCCCACCUGGUGCGACCGGCUCCCCAGGCCACCCUGCGACGCCUCCUUCGGCAAAAAUCGCAAAGAAGAAGAGCUGGCUCCAUGGCAAAUCAGACAGACAUAAAUUUGAUGACGGGCAAGGGGCGUCCAUGGCGUGGAUUGCGGGAUUGCGGGAACAUGUGGCGUACGACCUGGCGCCGCUAUUGAAGGGCGAGAGGGUGCUUGAGCUUUGGAAUGAUCGUGGUGAUACAGUGAUAUAUCUUUAUCCCCCAUCUUCAGGGAAAGGCCCCUGUUUUCGUGUUGACUCUGCUCUCUUAGCCGACUCGAGGUCACUCGUCAACCUUCGCAUGCAGUCUCCGACCUCCCCAAUCGAUAGGAACAGCGACGUCCCUCAAAUGCAGACCGCCUUCUCGAUGACCAUGAGUCCAAGACAGGUACGCCCUCCCUCUCAGGAGAGCUCAAUCUACCGCCCAAUGAACUUUUCAGUACCCAACAUUAUCACCUCACUCGACCAGGAGAAGCAUGUCUAUCUGCCUCUAGCAUUCGAAGCAGAUGUAUCUCAGCCGGGAUCAGAGCCGCACGGAGAUGAUCUCGAACUUGUGGUCCUGUAUCGCAAUUUCUUUGCCUUCCUCACUGGCGGCGCAUUGAUCGCAACUCCCAGACAAGUGACCUUGUUUUCCAUCUUCAUGGGAAUAAGCAGUAUUCUCAAGAGGUUUUCCUUCAGCAAUGCCGACGGGUCUACAUGGGGGGAUGUUCCUUAUAACAGCUUCUCGCGAUACUGUGACGAGCUCCGACUGGCGGAUGUGAGGUCCAGUCGUGAAAAGACCAUCGAGGCUAUAGUCCUCGGGGAACAUCUCAAAUCAUGGCCGUUAUACAAUGAAGGAUUCUGCCACGCGGUCGGCCGUCUGGCGGAUAUCAAGUCAAUAAAAAGUCCCAAAUACGAAAAAAUGUCGCCGGUCACAAUCAACCGCCUUGAGCGAGCCCAAAUUGACAUUGAGCAAAGACUCUUGACAGUCAAGAGUAAACUCGAAGACUUUGACUUUCCCUCCAUGUUUGCUGGAAUUGCCAACUCGCAGACAUCAACAGAAGCCAAGCUGAUCCGGUUUAAGGAGUGGAAGACCGCUUUUCUUGACUUCAGACGGUUCACCAUGGCCUACCUACGCCGGAGAUACGGUGCUUGGCCCCCCAAAGCAUCCUCGAAGAAGAACAAUUUCGAAGAAAGUGGGUUGAACCGGAUAUUACUUCAGGAGCUGUACAAAGACUUUACAGAUUUGUACGACAUCCUGGUAGACCGCUCAGCAAUCACAACCCGAACUGCGGAUAUGGCACCAAUGGCCGAUGAUGCCGAAACCAAUGAUCAAAAUGAAACUAUACAACACGCACUCCGAAGAGUUGAGAGUGAAUAUGACCGAGCGACUCCGCCCGUUAUUCCCCCCAUCCCAUUCGAUACACCGUUAAUUCCCCAAUUUUCGAACAGUUUCAACCGCCGCCAUGUGGUCAUAUCCGACAAAUCGGCAGCGCAGAGCAAGAGGCUCAAAGAGAACGAGAUCAAUGAAGUGCUUUUGGGAGCCUACAACCGUGAAUCGAUCGUUGCGAGCACCUUUAUCCAAGACUUUUUCAGUUAUGAACGCCAGCUUGGCCGAGCGAAAACCCUUGAUCAGGUCGUAGAUGCCCGAUGUGGGCAAUGGCUCUUCAUGUAUGCAGUCCUCCAGGCUCUUCCAAUGACCGUGGUGGACGCCAGGGAUCUCAGGCAUACAGAAGGCGUUGAGUAUUUCCUGUGCGUCGCGCCAAGAGGAGGGAGGCCGUGGAUGAAGGAAGAUCAAUCCACAUCUCGAGCGUGGUACAAUGUAGCCAGUGGCGGUGGUUAUAUCAGUCUUCCAGCUGACCUGAUCGACCACAGUGUUGAAGGGAUCUAUCGACGAAGUCAUUGCUGGACAGCAGCCACAAGAUGGUUGGAACAAUCACCUCAAGAAGGGAUGGUGGACACAUUCCAUCGAGUGGAUGGCAAUGGCCUUCAGCAGCGGCCGGUCAGCGCCGCUUCUCCAUAUGCGAGUCCUGCACAAUCGCCUUAUGUCAGUCCAAUCCACUCACCACUGCUGCGGCCGACAUCUCCUUCGGGCUCCGGGGAAUUCCGCAACAUCAGUCGAGACCGAAGUUCGGUCAAUUUAGGCCUGGAAGUGAUGGAUACGCCGCCUUCUUAUCGCAGCAAUUCGCGCCCACCUUCUACACUUAAUCCGAACAUCACCUUUGAUGCAAUUCUGGGUCCUGCUGACGAACCGGCAAAGGGCAAAGGGAAGAAAGGGAAGAAGUGA